AUGGAUUCUUUGGUCUGCUCCCCGGAAGAUCUAGCCAAGUUCUUCAGUUCCAACACCACCGAUCAUAACCUUGCAGCCGCCUAUAUUUGCAAUCGAUUCUCAACCAUCUCCGAUAGCUUAAAAGAUACAUCAUUCGCAGUUGAUUCGACGUAUCUUCUUUUCUCGGCCUAUCUCGUGUUCGCAAUGCAACUAGGUUUUGCAAUGCUAUGCGCGGGCUCGGUUCGUGCCAAAAACACGAUGAACAUCAUGCUCACGAAUGUACUAGAUGCCGCUGCUGGUGGUCUUUUCUACUAUCUAUUUGGAUUCGCUUUCGCAUUUGGAGGUCCAUCCAAUGGUUUCAUUGGGCAUAAUAAUUUCGCGCUCAAAUCUAUCCCUUCAUCGAAUUUCGACUAUAGUUACUUCCUCUACCAAUGGGCUUUCGCUAUCGCAGCUGCAGGGAUCACAAGCGGAUCCAUAGCGGAAAGGACACAAUUUGUUGCUUACUUAAUCUACUCGUCUUUCCUUACUGGCUUUGUUUACCCGGUUGUCUCCCAUUGGUUUUGGUCCUCAGAUGGUUGGGCAAGCGCCACGAACACCGAAAACCUCUUGUUUGGAUCCGGAGUAAUCGACUUUGCCGGAUCGGGCGUGGUUCACAUGGUGGGUGGGAUCGCUGGUUUAUACGGAGCCUUAAUUGAAGGCCCGAGGAUAGGACGUUUCGAGCAUUCGGGUCGACCCGUGACCCUACGGGGACAUAGUGCCACAUUGGUUGUCUUAGGGACGUUUCUUUUGUGGUUCGGAUGGUACGGGUUUAACCCGGGCUCGUUUGCCAAGAUCUUGGUCCCGUAUAAAAGUGGAUACUAUUACGGGCAAUGGAGCGCGGUAGGAAGGACGGCCGUGACUACCACCCUAGCCGGAUGCACUGCGGCACUAACAACGCUUUUCGGAACACGAAUCAUUUCUGGCCAUUGGAACGUAACCGACGUGUGCAAUGGUCUAUUAGGAGGAUUCGCGGCCAUUACAUCUGGAUGUUCAGUCGUGGAACCAUGGGCUGCUAUCAUAUGCGGAUUCAUAGCUGCCCUGGUUCUUAUCGGAUGUAAUAAGUUGGCCGAGCGGGUCAAAUACGAUGACCCGCUCGAAGCUGCACAACUACACGGAGGUUGUGGCACAUGGGGUGUAAUAUUCACGGCCUUGUUCGCCACCGAGAAGUACGUUAACGAAGUGUACCCCGGUAAAGAAGGUCGUCCAUACGGGCUAUUCAUGGGCGGGGGAGGCCGGUUAUUGGGGGCACACUUGAUUCAAAUCCUAGUGAUUAUUGCUUGGGUGAGUGCAACCAUGGGUCCGUUAUUUAUAGUUUUAAAGAAGUUGAAUUUGUUGCGUAUCUCGGCCGAGGAUGAGACCGCGGGUAUGGAUAUGACCCGACAUGGUGGUUUCGCAUAUGCUUUUGAAUUAGAGGAGAAUGCAAAAAAUAGCACACUAAAUCCAUUUGGUACUAGUUAA